AUAAAGUUGAUGUGGUUGGAUCAAAUAAAGAGGAGAGGAAUUAUCGGCUUUUUAGGAGUCGCAAUUGAUGGCACGACCGUAGGUGAACAGUCGCGACAGUACAAAUGGCGACCAAAGUCAAUUUCAAAACCACCUUCGAAGCAGCGAGGACCAUCGAGCCAAUCUACACUGGGGGCGAUGUUUCACACAACUCGACUGGCACAUUAAUCGCCAGCUGUGUUGACGAAGAUGUCCUUGUAUUUGAUGUGAGGACGGGAAAAGUUCUAUGUCGAAUCGAAGGGGACGGAGAACCUGUGACCAGUUUGUGUUUGGCUCCCGAUGCCUCCCAUUUGGUAAUAUGUUCUCGCUCACUUUCCAUGCGAAUAUUCGCCCUUGUGUCGGAAGAAGGACCCCAGACACUUUCAUCCAAACUAUCACGAACCUUGAAGCCUCACAACACUCCAGUCGUCUCUUCAGCCGUUGACUCGACUGGAUCCUUACUGGCGACUGGUGGCACCGAUGGAACCGUUAAAGUAUGGGAUAUUCGAGGGGGCUACGUGUCUCACACUUUUCACGGCCAUGGAGGAGUUGUAUCUGCCUUAAAAUUCUUCGCUUCAGAAUCGACUGCGCCAUCCAGGAACGCAGACGGGAAAUGGAAUCGGGAACGGAAGAGCCGUGACGGCGAUCAGAUGGCGGUCGACGGAACGUACCCAGCUCAGGCCAUCUAUCUCGCAUCAGGUGGCGAAGAUGGAAAGAUUCGCGUAUGGAAUUUGGAGUCUCGAAAAUCGGUCGCUGCCCUGGAUUCACACGUCAGCGUUGUACGAAGUCUAGAUCAUUCAGCAGAUCAGCAGCUUCUGCUGUCUGCCAGUCGUGACAGGACAAUAAUCUUAUGGAACACGCAGACCUGGAAACAACUUAAAGUGAUCCCUGCACUUGAGGUCCUGGAGACUGCAGGAUUUAUCAACAAUGGCAGAUAUUGCUACGCUGGGGGAGAACACGGCGCAGUACGAGUAUGGGACGCUGUUGCAGGUUACGAAGUCACACCAAAACAGAAACCUGGCUUCGAGAACGACGCAAUCACGAUGAUUGUGCAUAUCGCCGAUGACGACGCACUGCUUUCCAUUCACCAAGAUCGCACCAUGAGAUUUAGGGACAUUUCAAAGCUACGAGACCUAAACAAGUCACAAUCUGUACUACAACUACCUCUCAUUCGGACGAUGGCGGGCAACUACGACGAAGUUAUUGACAUGGCCUGCGUCGGGCCGGAUAGGACCCUACUAGCACUCGCCACCAACACUGAGAGCAUCAGACUUGUUUCUAUCGUAGACGACAGCAACAAGACCUCAAAACCAGGUUCCUUCAGCAACGACGUUGCUCUACUUGAAGGGCACGAGGAUAUCAUAAUAUGCCUAGACGUCGACUGGUCAGGCCACUGGUUGGCCACGGGUGCAAAGGAUAACACUGCGAGACUGUGGCGAUUAGAUUCAGCCUCGUCAUCGUACAAAUGCUUCGCUACGUUCGCAGGACAUGCAGAAUCCCUGGGCGCCAUAGCCUUACCAAGAAGUCAGCCCAACAAUAACGCUGCAUCCAAGAAUCCCGCGGACCAUCCACCUGCCUUCCUCCUGACCGGAUCACAAGACAAAACCAUAAAGCGAUGGGACACCGCACGACUAAUAUACACUCCAUCCAUGACCGAACCUCACUCUGGAACGAAAGCUCUCUUCACACGAGUUGCACACGAAAAAGAUAUCAAUGCCAUCGACGUAUCACCCAUCGCCCCCUUGUUCGCCUCCGCCUCACAAGACCGUACCAUCAAAGUCUGGUCGUUAGAAGACGGCUCAGUCGCAGGCAUCCUCCGUGGCCACAAACGAGGAGUGUGGUCCAUCCGGUUCUCUCCAGCCGGGACACCGGCCCUGCCCCUCGCCGAUGGCGGCUCGAGUGGUUCUCGUGGCCUCCUCGUUUCUGGCUCCGGCGACCGCACGGUUAAGAUAUGGUCUCUGGCUACAUACACCUGUCUCCAAACCUUUGAAGGGCACAGCAAUUCCGUCCUGAAAGUCCUCUGGCUUCCGCCGACUCCGUCUCAGCCCUCAGACUCCGAUUCUGAUACGCAUCCCGACCCUCACUCACCACAACCCACCCAGCCGCUCAUCGCCUCCGCCUCCUCCGACACCCUCGUCAAACUCUGGUCCCCCUAUUCUCCCUCGGACUCCGACCACCUCCUCGCCACAUUGGACAACCACACAGACCGUGUCUGGGCUCUCGCGGCGCCAAACUCCUACCCUUCCAAACAGCGCUACCCAUUCCCCCUCAUAUCCGGCGCCGCCGACGCCACUCUAACAUUCUGGCGCGACACAACCGUUCAAACCGCAACCCUCGCCUCCCAGCGCGCAACGCAAAGAAUUGAACAAGAUCAAGCUCUCCAAAACCACAUUGUGUCCAAGAAUUACCGCGAAGCCAUCACGCUUUCACUCGCGCUGAAUCACCCCGCCCGCCUUCUGCGCGUGUUCCAAGAUGUGAUCAGCUUGCCUGACUCCGAGAAAGAUACGUCGUCUAUCAUGGGCGUCAAGGCCGUUGACGACGUCCUGGCGAGCCUGGACCAUCAACAAAUCUACAACCUUCUCGAACGCGCGAGGGAUUGGAAUACGAACGCGCGGACCGCGACGAUCGCGCAGACAAUCCUGAAUUGUCUAUUCAGAAAGUAUCCCGCUAGUGUGCUAGUUGAUAUUGCCAAGGACCGGAGUCUGAGGUCAAGCGGGGGCAAAGCUGGUGGCAUGAAAGAACUCCUUCGUGCGUUGGAAGUGUACACUGAGCGCCACUAUAAGCGGAUGGAGGAGUUGGUCGAUGAGAGUUAUCUGAUUGAAUACACACUCAGAGAGAUGGAUGAGAUUGUGGGUGUUGCUAGUGGUAUUGAGGGAAUACUCGCAAAUGGACACGGAGAUGAGAAAGGGGUUGAGGGGGAUUUUGUCAUGUUAGAAUAGUAGCCUCGAAAAAGAAAGGAUAAUUUGAUGCUGGAACCCUCCACCAAGAGGGUAGAAUGUAUGGUAUUCCUCACGCAGCGCUCAAGUCAAGCUACCUCCUGUCACGGUCG